UAGAGUCUGUGCGGAAAGAGAAUGGGAUUUAGAUUGGAGGGCGCUUUAGUGCUUUUCUACCGUAUUUGUAAGGUUUUACCCAUUUUAGACCAGGUCCGUGUUUUAGACAUGAUUAAAUACAAAAAACCGCAAAAAUUCACAACAACAAACAAAUCCGUAUCAAUACAAAACUUUCACGUUUUACAGAUUGCUGGGUUUGAUUGCCAAAUGAAAAUAUUUAUGUAACAUAAUUCUCUUUCCGCACAGACUCUAAUAAUAAUUAUACACCCUAUCUACUCUUUAUUGCUUAGAUUAAUGUCUUUUGCCUGUCAUUUCAUAAUCGUUUUUUCACCGAGCAAGUAAUCUCUAUAUUACGUUGAGAGGGAUAUUUUUUUAAAAACAUAUUCAUCAUUUAAAGAUGUGUUAUUAUAAUUUUAUUAAAUAUUUAUUAUAAAAUAAUGAGGAUAUGGAAAAACAGAUAUUUUCGUGUGAAGAAAUCGCUACUAGAGCUGAAAAACAUUGGACGUAUGAUGAAUAUUUUAUCGGUGAAAAGGACGAUGAAGGUAGGAGAAGUGGAAAAGGAGAGAACCACUGGUCAGGUGCUAAGUCACUGGAGUGGUACAACGGCAUCCUUUUCCGUGACACCAUGCAUGGUGUAGGAGAGUAUCGCUGGCGGUACUUGGCUCGUGAGGGUACUCACUUUACAUACGAAGGCCGCUUCUAUUGCAACCGCAUGCAUGGAUACGGGACCAUGUCCUACCCCGACGGGAAAGUGUUCACUGGUUUGUUCCACAGUAACGUCCGUUGGGGCCCUGGAAUCGAGUCGCAAGCUUGUCACAAACAAAACGUGGGUCUCUGGCGAAGUUCCCAGCUCGUGAGGCUGACGUGGCGACCGCAAACACCCAGUAUCACGCCAGACUUCUGCGCCAACCCCGUCGGGCGAGCCAGAGUCCAAACACAUCGUAUAGUUCUUUCUUCGACCCAGAAAUCUAUAGGCAAAACCAACAGCGCAAUAGAUCUAUUGAAGCAGUGUGGUUCUGAUCCAAUGACAGCUACAGAGAAAUGGGUGAAAUUGUAUCCAAAAAAGUGCACCGAUUUAGCCAGUCUGCUAUGCCACACGGAUGUUUUUGAACGCGAAUAUUAUAACGGAAAAGUUACAUUGCUUGAGGAAGUAAAUGAGCUGUCGGAGUUUGUGAAGGACACGAGCGAGGAUAGUUCACAGAUCGACACUGUGCCAAGUUAUUAUUAUGCUUGGAACAACAAUAAGAUGUUAGUGCACAUGAUGAAGCACAGCUUUACGCAUGACGAGCAGAGGAAUGCAACAGAAAUCAAUCUUACGAACCUAUUAUCUGGACCGAGGCAGCAAUUUAAACAGUCCGGAAAGCACGAGCUUGACUGUAGAACUUUACUGAUGGCAUGCUAUUUGGGGCAUAUGCAAUAUGUCAUACAAUUGAUAAACGAACAAGGCGUUCAUCCCGACAUUGCUGAUUCCCAGGGCAACACCGCUAUUAUGUAUGCAGCUUGCGGCUACCGGCCUGAAAUAAUACAUUUCUUGGUAGAGGCCGGUGCCAAUGUAGAUGGCUACAACGACGCAUGCUGCACACCUCUUGGCAUAGCACUGUGCCAUUAUGCUUGUCUACAGAACAAUAUACCGCCUAGUGGUAUGCUCCAAGCAUUACUACCGCCGCCUACUGUUGCCGCUCCACGUGCUGCUGAAAAGGAGAAUGUUUUUGAUUGGCACAUUGAACGUAGUCUAGCAACAAAUGUUCCUAAUUCGACAAUUAAAUCGCCAAGUAAAUUAUCAAAAGCACCUGACAAAAGGGUUAAAUCCGAAGUUUCAGCAAAAGAUAUACUUAAUAUGAAAAAGAAAACUGAUGCAAAUGAAAUGAAAUUUUCACCUCGCGAAAGUGGUUCUGAUGAAUCAUUUUCUGAUGACAAACGACUUUAUCAUAAUCUGAAUAAAGAAUUCUCCAUACGAAUUAAUGACCUUCAUACUUGUCCAACAACUACUAAUAUGAUUCCGUAUAUUUUUGAAGUUUGUGAUAUGGUUAAGGAUAUAGAUGUUGCUGAUGAAGAACCGAAGAAGAUUGCGGACAAAGGUACUAAAAAGGUACCAUCUAAACUGAUCAAAGAUACUUUUAAGCCGAGUAAGGAAAUGGUGUGGCAAAGUAAUGAUAAAGAUGACACUUCAGUAGACAGUGUCGAAAAAGAAAAAGAGGAGAGUUUAUCGCGUAUAAUGUUAACCAUUCUGCAACUUUUAACGGACGGAGCAAAUCCGAAAUUGGUGAGAUGUCCACAAACUGCUCUCUUCACAGCAAUAAUAUCAGAAUGUCCAAAUCUUAUUGAAAAUUUGACGAAAUAUGGAGCAGAUAUCAACGAGGUAUAUCCAAUGACUUACGGAUACACCCCAUUGGACUUAGCUGUAUCUCGUCGGCUCUCAUUUGAUAAUCUAGAAGUGAUAAAAGUCAUUCUCAAAUGUGGAGGGCUUCCUAAUCAUAAAUUGAAGCACGAAGAAGCAAUUUCAUUCGAUUCUGCAUCGCCAAAAUUGCAUGGCCCAACAUUGUUACACGUCGUAUUAGGUAAAAAACCUGAAAAUGAUAUGGAAGUGGAGGUUCAGCUUCAUUUGUUAGACUUAUUAUUGGAUUACGGCUGUGAUCCUACGGUACAGUUCAAAGGUCGAUCAGCACUAGACGUUGCAAUAACAAAAAACAUAUAUUUACUAGAUGUUUUCAUGGAAAAUCGGAAUACGAAUCUUAAUGCUAUUAUCAAUGAUGCAAAUGAAACCUUACUUACAAAGUUCUUUUCCAUCUCAUUCUUUAAAAGUAUUCCAUCUGCAGACAGGUUUCAAACUCUCACCAAUUUGCUUUUAUAUGGAGCUGACCCUUUAUUAGAAUGUAGAAAGGACGGAGAGAGAUUGGCUAAUUUAUUCGUGUUCACAAAAAAAACACUUAUUGAAGUGGAAAAUAUGUCUUCAAAGCCAACUACGACGAACAGCCCCAGCAAAGCUGAUCCUAGAAAAUUAAAAGAAGACUCAAAAAAACCUAAAAAAGAACAAAUUUUUACGAAAUCUAUGGGAAAAAUAGUUACUGAUGAUGCGGGAGAUUACAAGCAGGCCAUUGAUUUAGUAGUUGAAUGCGCUCGUCUACUGCACGUACGGUGGUUACAAGCAAAAUUGACGAAAGAACUUGUAGAUAUUAUUGACAAGUAUAAACACCGUCAAUGGAACAUGAUUAUAAAAGAGCAUAAUCACAAGAAAUGCGUAAGAUUAUGGCUUACUGUACAACGAUGCUUAGAAAUAUGGGACAUUAUGAAAGAAACCAAGAAGAAUAUUUAUAAUGACGCUCGUAUACUGAAGUAUUUACUCUGCAUUGUGAUGUGGUACAGUAGUAAAAAGAAGAUACUUGCCUCAACCAAGCUAACGGCUGAAGAAAAGUAUUCAAUCGAAGUUAACGUGUGCCGUUUGCUUACGGAGCGUAGAAUAUCCUCCAAACUGACUAAAGAUGUAAUAAAGUGGAAUAGACCGUACGUACGACCGGAGCUAACACCUAAACGGGAAGAAGGAAAACUUGAGAUAUGUUUCGAAUGCGCAUUACCUUUCGAUGAAGAAAAAAUUGAAUGCGUAUCCUGUAAAGUAGUUUCGUUCUGUUCUAUGGAAUGCAUGAGGGCAAAUAUAGAUCGAGCCAAUUGCCAUCCUUGUAGCGAAUUUUUGAAAAGCAGAUAUUUUCCUACCCCAUCCGAAAGUGACAAUCAAGUUUUUGGCAACGAUUACACAUUUUCUAAAUAUUUUGGUAGUUUUAUUUUAAAUAGUAACCACCAUAGGUGGAGCUCGAUUAUGCAAGUGAUUAACGCGUUAGGGUAA